AUGCAUGGCGAUCGAAUGUUUCAAACAAAACUGUUCUGCUCCUUGCGAUUGUUUUUGACAUUCAAAAGCAUUUUUGUUGGCAAAGGCAUCGUUUCAAAACCUGCGUUAAUGCGUCAACAUGCUAAUAAAACUGUGACACAAAAUACUCUUGUUGUAUGGUUAGACGAUCGAGCUAACAAUGACCAACAUCACAUAGUGCACAAACUCGAACGCCUGAUGAACCAAGUUCAAUUGUGCACUGAUCACAACUUCUUUUUGUACCAAGUCAACACAACGAUUAACAAAGAAUUAUUUGUAAUUAUCCCUGGUUAUGUUGGUCAAUACGUUGUACCUAUGAUCCAUGACAAAAAACAUCUGAAUUCCAUCUAUAUUCUAUGUGGCGACAAAGCGAAACAUGAAAAAUGGGCCAAGCAAUGGGCAAAUAUCAAGGGUGUUUUUACUGAUAUCUCAUCGAUUCACGAAGUUUUGAAAGAAACAGUUCGACAACGGGAAGAAAAUACCGUUGAAAUUACUUUAACAAAAGUUACUCAUCGCAUUUCGGCUGAGCGAGACUGGGAACCGCUUGAAAAUUUUAGAGAAGCACUAUUAGCAAUUGAAUCCAACGAUGAGUACUUCAAAGAUUUUAUCGCUCAUUACCGUAAAGAAUUCGUUGACGAUGAGCAUGAACUGAACAACAUUCGUCAGUUGGAAUACAAUUACCAUAAUCGAUCAUCGGUAUGGUGGUACAUGUCUUCGAAUUCCUUGUAUUCCAUGUUGGAUAAGGCUCUUCGAACAGUCGAUGUUGAUGCAAUGGUCAACAUGGGUUUCUUUCUCCGGGAUAUACAUAAUCAAAUCCAAAAACUACAGCUGGAACAGUUUUCUGAUCAAUCGGCGAAUGACAUAUUUAAGGUUUACCGUGGACAAGGAUUAUCGAAAGAGAAGUUGAAGAGAUUAAUACAAAACGAAAAAAAGGUUUAA